AAUUAGGGAUUUUCAUUUCAAGCAUUAAAUCAUUGCCUAUAAAUAGCUCUUCAAAUCAUUAUCCAAAGAACCCAAAAUAACAACAGUUAAAACAAAGGCAAAUGGCUAAACUAAAAUGCCAUGUAAUUAUUGUGGCUUAUCCUGCUCAAGGUCACAUAAACCCUCUUCUUCAAUUUGCUAAGCGCUUAGCCUCCAAAGGACUGAAGGCCACUCUUGCCACAACCCCUUACACUAUCAGCUCAAUCCAAGCUUCCCCUGCUGUGGGUAUUGAGCCCAUUUCUGAUGGCUUUGAUGAAGGUGGCUUCAAUCAAGCUUCAAGUGUAGAAGCUUAUCUAGAAUCAUUCAAAACAACUGGUUCAAGAACCCUAACUGAGCUUAUCUUGAAAUUCAAUGCCACAGGGUUUCCUAUUAGUUGUAUUGUGUAUGACUCUUUGUUGACUUGGGUUCUUGAUGUGGCUACAAGGCUUCGGGUAUAUUCUGCUCUGUUUUUGACUAACUCUGCUUCUGUGUGCUCUAUGUAUUGGCAUUUUGACAAGGGUGUUUUGGAUUUUCCUGUCAAGAAAGAAACUUUGCCUGUCUCAUUCCCUGGCCUUCCUCCACUAGGUUUCUUCGAUUUGCCAAGUUUUCUUGCAUUUCCAACAAAUCACUCUGCUUAUUUGGAUGCUGUCUUUGAUGGCUUUCACUGUUUAGAUGAAACUGAUUGGGUGUUCUGCAACUCCUUUGAAGACCUGGAGAUUGAGCUAGUAAAAGCCAUGAACGGCCUAUGGCCAGUAGUGAUGGUUGGUCCAAUGGUGCCAUCAGCCUAUCUAGACCAACAAAUUGAUGGAGAUACAGCUUAUGGGGCAAGUCUAUGGGAAACAGAAACUGACCAGUGCCUGAAAUGGCUAGACACAAAACCAUCACAGUCGGUGAUAUAUGUGUCUUUUGGAAGCAUGGCAAACAUUUCAGCCAAACAGGUUGAAGAAAUGGCAUGGGGUUUGAAAGCAAGCAAUAGGCCUUUCCUAUGGGUUAUUAAGGAAUCAGAAAAUAAGCUACCUGUUGAUUUUCUAGACUCAGUAGGCGAAAUAGGGCUGGUUGUGUCAUGGUGCAACCAACUAGAAGUUCUAACUCACCAAGCUAUUAGAUGCUUUGUUUCACAUUGUGGAUGGAAUUCUACAUUGGAGGCGUUAAGCGUUGGCGUGCCAAUGGUAUGUGUGACGCAGUGGAGCGACCAGCCAACCAACGCCAAGUUUGUGGAGGAUGUGUGGAAGGUGGGAGUAAGAGGUAAGAAAGAUGAAGAGGGAAUUAUAACAAGAGAGGAACUUGAGAAAUGUUUAAAGGAAGUUAUGGGCGGAGAAAGGAAUCGAGAAAUUAAGACAAACGCAUAUAAAUGGAGAGAUGCUGCGAAGAAAGCUGUUAGUAUGGGUGGAAGCUCAGAUACAAACAUUAAUCAAUUUGUAUCCAAGUUGCUAAUAGGCAAGGAAGCAGAAUUGUCAUUUUGCAGCAAAUAGCAGAAAAUACAGAAUAACGGAAACAUGAAACGUGUAUCAUGGAAAACAUUCCCAUAAAGUAAACCAUGUAAUUUGGAGAAUUUAAAAGAAUACAUAUAACGAUAUUUGCUAAAAAA